CCGCCUUGACUGAGAUGUCCUCCUUCCUCACGGAGCAAUUUUUUACAGGAGACGCACACCGUCCACCGCUGUGAUUCAGCCGCUAUUCAUAAUAAAUCAUCGAAUCGUAAAGUUCUGACCAUUUAACGGGCGACACUGAGUCCGAUGGCGCAGUGGACGAUACUUUUGUUUCUUUUAUACGGAGUUCUGCAUGGGCAAGAGACUCAGGCUCCCACUUUACAAGAGUGCUGUCAGGAUGGGCGGUAUCGGGCCCUGGGAGGACAUGACUGUACAAUCCUCCCCCUCAUCUCGUCCUCCCACACCUGCAGGAUUGCCCAGGAGCAGUGCUGUGCAGCAGCAGUAGUAGACAAAUUCUGUGACAAUGGCAUCGAAUUGGCCCAAGGGCAAGGGGCCUGUGAGAGGCCCUUCUUCAAAGGAGGCCCCUUGGAAACUAAAAUCUCGAAGAUGUGUUGUGAUUGCUGUGUGCUUGGCCUGAGUGCAGCAACCUGGGGUUCGAACUGUGAGCUUCAGGGUCUGUUGCUGGGGAGACAAUGUGCAUACACAGCUAAAACUUGCUGUGGCAAAAACACAACAGAAGAAGUCAAAUCAAAUGCUGAAGUUCCGGCGACACCAGACCCUAAGGCCAGCAUUACUGCCAACCCUCCAGAGGUAUUGGACACCUGUAAAGACUCCACUUGCUCCCAGCUGUGUGUAGGUAAUGGUACAUGUGCCUGCCACGAUGGUUAUCAACUGCAAAAGGAUGGAGUGACUUGUGAGGAUGCUAAUGAGUGUCUGAUGCACAGUCACAACUGUGUCUUCGGCCAAGUUUGCAUUAACAUGGAGGGCUCCUUUCGCUGUCAGAGGGAAACCGGCUGUGGCACAGGGUAUGAACUCAGAGACAACAACAGUUGCCAAGACAUUGAUGAGUGUGCUUUGGGGGACCAUAACUGUGGACCAGACUUUUUGUGCACCAACACAGCAGGCUCGUUCCGCUGCCACCCAAAGGAGAAGUGUGCUGACGGUUUCAUUCAGGACGCCGUCGGCAGUUGUAUCGAUAUAAAUGAGUGUGUAGCCCAUACCAGUCCAUGCCUACCUGGCCACACUUGCAUCAACACAGUGAGCUCCUACACCUGUCGCAGGAACACAGUCACCUGUGGACGAGGUUAUCAUCUAACUGAGGACGGCACACGCUGUGAAGAUGUAGAUGAGUGUCGUACAGGCAAUGUGUGUGGUGGCCAUGGUUGUGUGAACUUUGUGGGAUCAUACCGCUGUGAGUGCAGAAUUGGCUUCAUGUUCAACAGUAUCACCAAACAGUGUGAAGAUAUCAAUGAGUGCAGGCAUUAUCCCGGACGACUCUGCGCCCAUAAGUGUGAGAACACAGAGGGGUCCUACCAGUGUAGCUGCACCACUGGCUUCAAACUCUCCUAUGACGGCAGAAACUGUGAUGAUGUGGAUGAGUGUGAGGCCAACCCUUGUAGUCAAGAGUGCGUCAAUGUCUAUGGCUCCUACCAGUGCUACUGUCGCCGUGGUUACCAGCUGAGUGACAUCGAUGGGAUAACCUGUGAAGAUAUUGAUGAAUGUGCUCUGCCUGCUGGAGGUCAAGUGUGUUCCUACCGCUGCUCCAACGCCCCAGGAAGUUUCUACUGUACCUGCCCACCUACUGGCUACACACUCGCCCCCAAUGGACGCACAUGUCAAGAUAUUGAUGAAUGUGCAGCAGGGAGCCAUACCUGUUCCGUCUCUCAGAGCUGCUUCAACGUCCAGGGAGGAUUUCGCUGCCUGUCCUUCGAAUGUCCUCCAAACUACCGGCGAGCAACACAGGGAUCCAGACAAGUUUCAGCCAGUGUUCGUUGUAUUAAGGCCUGCCAACCUAACGACAUCGGCUGUGCUCUGGACCCUGUCCACCUCAUCACCCACACCGUCCUCUCUCUGCCAACCUUCAGAGACUUCAGUAAACCCGAGGAUAUAGUUUUCCUGCGGACAGUUGUGGCAGCUAACCCUGCAUCUAUCCCUGGUGCAACUGAUGUUUUCUUUGAAAUCAUGGCUGCAGAUGAACAGUUCUCUUUUGAAGUGUUGAGGCACUCCCACCAGGGCAUGAUUAUGGGUGUUGUUCAGCAGGUGAAACCUAUCAUUGGCCCCAAGGAUCUUGUAUUGGAGGUGGCUAUGAAUUAUGUCAAGUCAGAGGUUAUUUCCCAUUGCAAUGUUGUCAUCAUCCACGUCUUUAUCUCGGAGUUCUGGUUCUGAGCUGAGCUAAGAAGGGAAUGAAAAUACUACAUUAGCAUUACAACAUGUAACUUGGCAAAUUUUAUUUAAAUAUAGUUUUGAUUAUUUUGGAGAUACCACAUUUAUUGUGCCGAACAUUUAAAAGAAAAAAAACUCAAAGGUUAAUGAUGUUGCUUGCAAGAUUUCAAUUGCAGAUGCACUGAAUUCAGUUACAGUGGCAGUUUGCUACCCAUUCAGACCAUAACAAAAGGUCUUUGUCAUUUCAAAUCAAUUUAAAGAUAAAAUAUGAGCACAUUAUCGAAAGAUACUGUUACCAAAAAAAACAUGUCAACCUGCUGGUGGUGCUAGAGGAAAGUCAAGGGAUCACCAAAAUCAAGAAAAUGUAUCCUCUUGAGAACAGGCAAUCCAUGUAACAGUUGGCAUAAAGUAUUUGAGUCUGGACCAAAGUAAUGGAACAACCGAACAACCACCAUUGCCAUCCAUAGAUCCACUCUGCUAGCACGGCUAAAAAGUUACUUUUCAAGCAACAAAACAGACAAAUUUUUCACUUGAUACCGCUAACUCAGAUGUGUUGAAUGUUACAUGCCUUUUUACAAGAGUGGAAUAAAUAAAAUCAUAGAUCAACAGGGUAAUAGCCAGCUGUCAACUCCUUAACCACCGUCUUCUGUGUUUAAUUUGAAUUCAGACUUUGUUGUCAUGAGUGCCACUAUGAUAGACUGUUGGUUAACCUGUGGGACUGUUUUAUAUUUGAUCCAUUUCAUCUAUUUUCACAGACCAGAUGUAACAUGCUUCAUUUGAUAAUUAAAUUGAUUCAUCUAUGGACUUGCUUUCAACAUUGACUGUGUUUUGUACCAUCAGACUGUACAACCAUCUGGGAAUAAUAAAGAAUCAGUGCAGUUUUUUGUGUUCAUGUU